AUGGGUAUACAGACAACUGUGGGUACUACGGGGCAUGUGAGAUUGAUCAAACAAAAGAGCAAAGGAGAGAUGCCGCAGAACACAGAGCAGCUCCGUACAACACUGAGGAUUGAAGGCAAUAUGUGGUGUUUCUUGGGUUCCAAGUACAAGAACAAGGUCUUCUUUCGUGACAUGACACCUGAGGUCUGGCUUGACUACGCGAAUUUUAUCUUAGGAGACAAAUGCUAUUUGAUGCAAGUUCCAACUCCUGGCAAAGGCAAGGGCAAGUCCGAUCUUUCUGCCCUACGUCCGCCUUGGAUCGUCGUCCUCAACUACGAAUACGAAAUGCGGCGAGAAGCCGUGCUGCAAGCCAGCCGGGAGAGCCGCCCUCUCAAAGAGACUUUGGCUGGCGAUAAAGGUAGCAAGGGCAACGGCAAGGGCGAGGCCAAGAAUGGGAAAGGCACCACGGGCCGAUACAAUCUUGUUAUGAGAGAGGUCGAUAUCAAGCGUGAUGCGACUUCGGACUUGCUGGAUUCAGCGAACUGGAACAAAAUAUUUACAGAAAUCACUGCAGGCGAGUGGGACGUGCUGUUGCUGUCCCCGCCCUGCUCCACAUGGAGUCGGGCACGCUUCCGAUAUGCAGGCAAAUUCGGUGCCAAGCCGCUGCGCAAUUCUGCUUAUGUCUGGGGUUUUCCUUGGUUGGAAGCGAGCCAGCGAGAGCUCGCCGAUCGGGGCAAUUUCUUCAUCCAUCAGUGCAUUCGCGCAGUGCAGUUGCAACUCUCAGUUGGCAAAUUCUUUUUGUGGGAACAUCCCGAAGAUUUGGGUGCAACAUCUCAGGGAGAGUCCCCGGCGAGCAUUUGGCAACUUGCGGAGGAUGCCGCAUCAUUGGUGCCACUCCUCGAGCUCGAGGAGCCUCACUUGGCCACGGGCCAAAAGGUUCCGGGUCCCGACGAGAUUCUUGAAUGCGUGGCGGUCUCUCAGGAGACGCGUGAAGCCGUAUUCGGGAUCUCUGCAGACAUUUCAUCUGCUCACCGGUUGGUGCUCAUUCGGAAGGCCGAUUGGCCUAAGCUCGGUUGCCGGGCGCGGAGCCAGGAUAGAGUUAUUUGGCUCAACACUGUGGGCACAUUCGGCAUCAGCUCCGCCGCCUAUUGGUGGACUCGUUUAUUCGGCUGCGUCGGCCGUUGGGUUGUGAGGCUCAUGAUGUCGCUUUGGGCUAUGCAAAUGAUCUACGUAGACGAUUUACAUUUAGUUGCUGCAGGUCCCCAGAAAUAUCUGGUGAUCUGGAUGAUGAUUGCCGCCUACGAAGCCGUGGGCACUCCGUUCGCCUACCGUAAGUUCCGAGGUGGGUUGCACAUAGUCUUUUUUGGCUAUCACUUGUCAUAUGAUUCGUGGUCAGCUGGCCUUUCAGAGAAACGUUGCCGAUGGGUGAUCGAUUGGAUUGAUCGCGCAGAGGCCAAUGGCUGGAUGGUGCUUGGCAGGCACUUCAUCGAGCUAACUGGCCGGCUCACGUUUGUGGGCCAGGUGCUGAGGAUGCCUCUGCUGGUGCACAUCGCGUUGGUAUACAUCAGGUCACAGCUUUGCAAGGGGCGUCGGCUCCUCCAGCCUGCCUUGGCGCCCGAUGCCCCUUGGCUCUUCAAGGAAGAUGGAAGCUCCCAGUGGGCUUCUACUGCUGCUGAGUUCCUGGGAACCAUGGCUGCCUUGAAAGCAUUUGGUUGGCUUGAAGCUGGCGAGCAAGGGCGCGGACACGGUGUGGACAACUUGCGGAUGCGGUGUGGAAAUCUCGCGGACAACUUGUUGGCAAGGACUCCCCAAGGCUUGAUGAUGCAGAUGGCCGAUGUCUUGAUCGACAUUGGUGGCAAGCUGCGUCUUCACUGGCGGCCCCGCGAGGAGAACCAGGAAGCAGACAACUUAACUAACGAAAUCUUCGACGGGUUUGAUGUAGGUAAGCGGGUUCCUUUGGAGUUAGGGGAUUUGCCGCUAGAGCUUUUCCUUUCCCUGCAGAAUGCCUACGCCGAAUUUGAUCAAAAGCGCAAGGACUUCAAAAUGGUUAAUCCUGUCAAGGACGGCGACAACGUACCCAUCCGGCCGUUCCCUUGGCAAUUCAAAAGUGCCAAAGAAUAUUACGAGGUACAGGAUGCGCUGGAAGCAAAGUAUGCAAUCCGCCUCGUGUCUAAGGCACGUGAUUCGAAGGGAAGAGGCAAGGCUUUGGACGAGCGGCACUGUCACCCGGUCGGGAGAGGUCGGGCAGACAAGCAAGACCGCGAAGGUAAUAGCUAUACGAUCCUCGGAUGGUUGCCACCAAGCAAGACCUCGUGCAGUAUUUGCUGGAUGGAUGGCCACUGGAAAAGCCAGUGUAAAAAGCCCGGGACUUGUCGUACGAGAUGUGGGAGCCGGCGCUUACGGUGCUGCAACCAUAAGGAAAAGCUCAGGAAGUUCUUUCCCCUGCGUAACAUCGCUGUCGAGAAGCACAAGGACGAUGAGAACCCUUUCAACAAGUAUUUUCCUGCAGUAAUCCUAUCCCCCUUUUAUUAA